UGUGACACCAGUUCACCUGGGGGGAGACACCAGUUCACCCUGUGAGACACCAGUUCACCUGGUGGUUGUUAACCGGUAAUACAUGAGCGAAUACAUUUCGUUUCUCCGGUGACGCUGAAAACGAAACUGAACCGUUGAGCCUCAUUUUUCGGUCUCGUCACCCUGAGGGUUGUCAGCUGUUCUCGUAAACAUUCGACCCGAGGAGCUGAUAAGAGAUGUCUAGAGGAAGUUUUCCCUGCGACGGCUUCAUGGGGCCAUAUUUUUCGAGGAAUUACUUUUCAACAGGCUGGGGAGGUCAGGAGAACUACAGGGUGUCCCCAGACCGUCGCUCCUCAGGCUCGAGAGGUCCGGAGAACUACUUGAUGUCCCCAGAACGUCGUUCCUCAUGGUGGAGAGGUCUGGAGAACUAUGGGCUGACCUGCUGCGUCAACGCUCUGCUCCAGUCCUUCAUCGCCACGCCGGAGCUAAAGUUCCUGCUCGACAGGUGGGAUUCGUCGUCUGUGCGUGAGGAUGCCCUGGAUAACGUGCCAGUCCAUCUGAAGGGGGUCCUGGGGGCCAUCAGAGACCCAUCCUGCCGGGCCCCCCACAAGGACUUCCUCCGAUGUCUGGACCGACAACACAUCCAAUUGAACGUACAGCAUGAUGCAGACGAGGUCUUCCUGGCGGUCCUGAACUUCAUCCAGCAGCAGAUGGAUGACAAAGCCUUGGCCCUGGAGAUCCAGAGUCUGUACCGGCUGUCUGUGGAGCUCCACCACCAGUGUGUGGAGUGCUCCUCCAACCAGUUCCUGCCCGGCUCCAGCUACCUGCUCAGUCUGCCGCUGCACAUAAGACAUCAGAACAACACUCUGAAAGACUGCCUGGCGUCCUUCUUUGAGCUACAGGAGUUGAGUGGCAUCGACAACUGCUUCUGCGACCAGUGCAAAACCCGGACCCCCUUUAAACACGGACACAGGAUCCUCUCCCUGCCCACCAUUUUGUGCGUGCAGCUGCAGAGGUUUCGUUACUCUGACUCCGGCUGGUUGCAGAAACUUGACUGCUCUGUGGAAUUCCAAGAGUCUUUGGAUUUCCAGGACAUUUGCAGCCAAGAUGUGUUUUCAAAGGACUUCCAAAAGAAUGAGAGCACAAAGUACAGCUUGUUCGCGGUGAUCGUCCACUCCGGGUCUGCGAUGUUCGGACACUACACCGCCUUCGUCCGGUCGACAACAGGCUCUAGCUGGUUCUACGCAGACGACAACCAUGUUGGACCCGUUUCCUGGGAGGCUGUGAAGGAGACGUACGGCGGUCACAGCAGCAGGACAGCCUACAUGCUGCUGUACCGGAGAGAGCCCACCCAGACCCAGGGAGGGGGAGAGGGGGAGGAACAAGAAGGAGAGAGACAAGACGGAGAGAGACAAGAAGGGGAGAGACAAGAAGGGGAGAGACAAGAAGGGGAGGUACAAGAAGGGGAGGAACUAGAUGGAGAAAAACAAGAAGGGGAACCAGAAAGGGAGAAACCAGAAGGAGAGAGACGGGAAGGGGAGAAACCAGAAGAGGAUAAACUAGAAGGAGAGAAACAAGAAGGGGAGAAACAAGAAGGAGAUGAAGUAGAAAGGGUGACAUUUGAAUCGAAGAAACUAGAAGGGGUGAAACAAGGAGGAGAGAAACUAGAAAGGGAGACACAAGAAGGGGAGAUACUAGAAGGGGAGAAACAAGUAGGGGAGAAACCAGAUGGAGAGAAACAAGAUGGAGUGCCCCAGUUAUCAGGCUGAAGGGGCGAUUAUUUGUUUAUCAACACGGCGGAUGCGCGUGCAGAAAGAUGGCAAAAAUAAUAUUGGUUUGACCGGUUGCCAUGGUUAUCUCUGUGUGGUUAAUUUGCAGUGCUGGUGUUAAUCAGCGAUUUUUUCAGCUUACGGUUAAAUUAAACUGUAAUCAGAAAAUGGGGUUAUAUGCUAUAGACCCUAUAGUAUCUGUGGUAUAAAGGCUGGGACAAAUUAUAAAUAUGAAUUAUAAAUGUGUACACUUUAUGUUGAAAGUAUAGACCGUCGCAAUUCCCAUUAAAACGAAUGGCAUGGUUAUUAAUCAGUCUUAUUAAAAGGGUUUGUGCAACCAACCGCACAACAAGACAUGAUUGCGGCUCUUGUCGCUCUCGUCUCUUUCUGCCAAUGCGCGUAGAACGGGGAGUGACGUAGAGUGAUAAUCCCCCUAUUAAAAAGAACAAAGUCCCUGUGCACAGUAUUUUGAUCCUAAGGUGCUGGUGAUGUGCAGUCAACAAUAUUAUAUCAAGUCAAAGAAGUGUAAAAUCACCGUACACUGGUAUAAGCUGAUAAGCAGAUUUAUUUUGUGAACGACGCGUUUCGCUGUUGCUUCAUCAGGUUCACUCUUCAAAUUCAUGACACGACAGGUGAUUUGAUGAUUUACAGGGUCACAUGACCUCACCAAUUAGUGCGAGACACCACCAAAUCAACACUCCAAGCUCACAUACAAUACAGUCCAAGGGGCACACAUCACAAAUAAAAAUGUUCACAUAUUAUGCAUCCAAGGUUCACGUAUCAAUAACAAUGUUCAAAUUAAAGCAUAUACGUUUAAGCUUUCACAAGGAUAGGCAACACUUAAAUAUCAGGCUCACAUAUCAUAAAUAACAAUGUGCAAAUGUUGAUGCUCAAACACCAGAAGAUUUAAACUUUCACAAAAAUGUAACUAAAAUCCUGUAAUUCAUUGAGGCCAUUGGGUUCCACUGUGUUUAUUUGUGUUCAUUUAUAAUAAUAAUGAUACAUUUUAUUUAUAAUGCACUUUAUAUUCAAGAAUCUCAAAGUGCUUCAGAGAAAAAAAGAACUAUUAAAAGGGGGAACCUCAAAGAAAGUUUAGCUAAAUGCUCUUUAUCCAGUAGGACUCUCUCCUUAAAAGGUGUUUAAUCAAGUUAUGGUAUCAGCCUGAUAUUUUUUUUUAUAUAUAUAUAUAUAUAUAUAUAAUUAUCAGGCUGAUACCAUCCGAGAGCAUUCAGAAUGUACUGUAACACCACCUAACAUGUUGGGGUCACAUUUAUCCAUUAUUUUACAUAAUUUAGAAUGUAUAUAGAUAUAUAUAGAUUAUAUAGAUUUAUACAACGGGGGGCCUGAAUCCAGCGAUCUGA